AAAAAAACCCUCAACCAUCAUCAAUGCGCUGGCGGUGCGGGGUCACGAACUAUGACCUUUAACAGAAGAAAACCAAAACAAAUAUUUUAUAAAAGAGCAGAGAGUCCGAAAUCUUUGACCAGCGUUUCUCGAAGACCUCACUAAUGACCCUUACAUCAUCAUGACGACCAACCUGAAUCUGCUCUCUCAGCAGAAAGUGGAAUCUGAGCACGAGGCAGAGGUGUCAUCGUCUCCUUCAGACUCAGUGAUGAGUGAGUCUCCACAGCGCUUUCAGGUCAUCUCCACUGAGCCUGCCACAACACCACAAAGGAUACAGAUUGUAACUGACCAGCAGACAGGUCAGAAGAUCCAGAUCGUGACAGCGAUGAAGCCGUCCUGUGCUCCCAAACAGCAGUUCAUUCUGACUACGGCCGACAGCUCAGGGGCUGGCAAGGUUAUCCUGGCCUCACCAGACAGCCACAACACUAAGCAGCUCAUCUUCACUGCUGCAGACAGCCUGAUGCCAGGAAGGAUACAGAUCGUCACAGAUCCAGUGUCAAUGGAACGGUUGUUAGGGCAGUCAGGGGACUUGAGCCGGCCACAGCCAGUGGAGUACUGUGUGGUGUGUGGGGACAAGGCUUCAGGGCGUCACUACGGAGCAGUCAGUUGUGAGGGAUGUAAAGGCUUCUUCAAGCGGAGCGUGAGGAAGAACCUGACCUACAGCUGCCGCAGUAAACAGGACUGCAUUAUCAACAAACACCACCGCAAUCGCUGCCAGUUCUGCCGGUUAAGGAAAUGCCUUAACAUGGGGAUGAAGACUGACUCUGUCCAGAGUGAGAGAAAGCCAGUCGACGUAGUGCCCAGAGAGAAGCAUGCCAACUGUGCUGCCUCCACCCAGAAGAUCUACAUUCGCAAGGACCUAAACAGUCCGCUCAUCGCCACACCAACCUUUAUCUCUGAUACAGAGACAGAAGGCUCCAGAUCCAGCCUGCUGGACCAGGGCAUGCUGGUUAAUAUCCAGCAGCCAGUCAUCCAAAGUGAUGGAACUUUGCUGCUGGCCACUGACUCAAAGAUGGAUCCUGGGCAGGGAGACUUGGGGACACUAGCCAAUGUGGUAACAUCACUGGCAAACCUGAGUGACUCACUAAGAGAGACUCUAAACAAUGGUGAUACCUCAGACAGCCAACAUGAGGAGCAAUCUGCCAGCGAGAUAACACGUGCCUUUGACACCUUGGCCAAAGUUUUCAACCCACCUGAAGUAGGGGUUGGACUGAGUCUGGCAGAUAAGCCUCAGUGUGUCGGUGGAACAACCAUCCAGCUGAUUGGUCGAGACCAGGAGACCCCCAUCAUUGAGGUGGAAGGACCACUGCUCACAGACAGCCAUGUUGGCUUUAAGCUGACCAUGCCCAGCCCCAUGCCCGAGUAUCUGAAUGUACACUACAUCUGUGAGUCAGCAUCUAGACUGCUCUUUCUCUCCAUGCACUGGGCACGCUCUAUCCCUGCCUUUUCAGCUCUUGGUCAGGAGGCAAACACCAGUUUGGUGCGAGCCUGCUGGAAUGAGCUGUUCACUUUGGGUCUUGCUCAGUGCGCUCAUGAGAUGAACCUGUCGACCAUCCUCGCUGCCAUCAUCAACCACCUUCAGAGCAGCAUCCAGGAUGACAAGCUUUCGGGGGAGAGGGUGAAGCAGGUGAUGGAGCACAUUUGGAAGUUCCAGGAGUUCUGUAACAGCAUGACGAGGUUGGAGACUGACAGCUACGAAUAUGCCUACCUGAAAGCUAUAGUGUUGUUCAGCCCUGAUCACCCAGGUGUGGACAGCAGUGGGCAGAUUGAGAAGUUCCAGGAGAAAGCCUUGAUGGAGCUGCAGGACUACAUUCAGAAAACCUACCCAGAUGACACCUACAGGUUGACCCGCAUCCUGACUCGUCUCCCAGCCCUGCGCCUCAUGAACUCGGGCAUCACAGAGGAGCUCUUUUUCACUGGCUUGAUAGGUGAUGUUUCUAUUGACAGCAUCAUUCCCUACAUCCUCAAGAUGGAGACGGCUGAGUAUAACGGCCAGGACUCUGACCCUACAGAAUGACACCCCAUCACUCCAGCACCCAGAACUGUCAAAUUAAAGAUUAGCGAGUCUCCACUUCAGGUACUCUUAUUUGUCUCUCGUGGGGAUUACCGUUGAACCCCAGUUUAAAGUUCUGCAGCGGCCCCUUGUUUUGUAACGAUGCAUGGUGCAAAGUCAUUCAGGAAUCCUUGAUAGAUUAAGAUAAUUGGCGAUUAGAAAACCAGGAUGACACUUGGAAUGUUUUCUGGAGCUGACACAGUGUGGUAUUCUUACAUUUCUGGCUCUAAACUCAGUACAUCUGUACUGAAUGGAAAAGGAAUCCUCUGCAGCUGCAACUGUUCUAAUCUCCUUUAAUGUCUUUAUGGCACUUCAAGCUAAUCACACAUGUAGCCUAUUUUACCUUUUGAACUAAGCCUUUCAAAUUGUCGUAGUCUUAUCUAAGCCUUACCAUGCUCUCAUAUUUAUCCCAUACAUUAUAUCGCAUUAGGUUGCAGAUAAUAGAUGAGCUGUAUCGACAAGCCGAAACAGAAAUCGUACGUGUGAAAGUGAAAUUUCACCUAUUUAAAAGUCUAAAGACUAAAGUAAAGUCCUUACUUUAAAGUGUACUUUGAAGCUGUUAAGUAUUUGUUUAUGUUGGUAUUUUGGAACAUUGGAGCAGUAUAAACUGGUAUUUGAAAGAAUGUGCUGCUAAAUUGAGAAUUCAGGCUAUUACAAAGACUAAGUAUGACUUUUCUGAACGUCAUACCACAAGUAAUAGUAACAUGCUGCAAUGAUUGUCUCUCUCUUCAAUUUUGAAAUUGACACCAUUUCCUCAAAGGUGAGAGACAUUAAUGUACAGUUCUUUACUUUAAAUACAUUUAAAUAAUAGUUAGAAUGAUAACUCCAAUCAGGUACAAACACUAACUCAAACCUCAAUGAAUUUGUCCUUAAUCUGUAUUCAUAUGGACUGUCUUUCAUAGCAUUUAUCUACCACACAGUGCAUUACAACAUGACCUGAUUUCAUUCAGUUUCACUUUUAACUCACAUUCACAAAGCAACUAUUAGCCAGUUAAGAUGACCAUAUGUGUUUUUUUUUAUACUGAAUGACAUCUCAGAGAUUUUAGCUUUGGGAGUGCUUUUAUGUUUAGGUACACUUAUUUCUAGAUUAUCAUGAACAUGUUGCUAAUAUAACCUGUGCAAUCACUUCAUCACUUUUCCCUUUACGACAAUCAAUUUGUUAUUUCCUUCUGUCCCAUCAGUGUCAUGACAAUGCUUCUCAAUCUGCAUUUUGUAUAUUUAUCAAUGGCAGUUUUUUUUUUUUUUUAUUUAAAGAUUUGGGGUUCAGAAAUGUUACUUAUGUGUAGCUAUGCUACUGUUUUUGUACUUGUGUUUGCAUUUGUACUCUUAAGUGUGCACAUCAAUCAGCCUCCGUGUUCAUGCUGACUAAUACUUUGGGUUUUCUGUGUUUUCUAAAAACUUAAAUUUGUUGCAUACUAAGUGUACUUAAAGUACUUUUGGGCAGGUUUCCCUGAUUUAAAAAAACCCCAGGUCUUCUAGGAAGCCAGUCUCGAGUGCGUCUUAAAGACCUUAUUGAGACUUGCAUCAGCUCACCCUCUUGUAUAAUGGUUCAGAAUAGGCAUCCACAGCAACAUGAAUGAUAAUGGGAAUGUAAAGAAGUCAAUAAUGAUUAUGUCUUGUUAAAUAAAUGUCAAUUGUAAUAUUUGGGGUUUGAAACCCGUACAGACUGUUUAUAAAAGCACUGUUGUGAAAUGACCUUUUUAAAUGUAGUUUCAUUAAAAUGAGUGCAUGUUGUUUUUAAGAUGGGUUUUAUAAUCUUGUCGCUGUUUGCCCUAAAAACAAGCAUUGUUAUGAAUUUUAUAGUGCAUUGCAGUGCAUGAAGAAGUUGCUUAAGUGCAUUUUAUUAAAUGCUAUUUGAAAAUGUUUAUUUAAAUGUUGUGGCUUUAAAAUAUUUACCAUGAGCAGCUCCCACAUUAGAGGAUAUUAGAUUAGCAAAUUCUUUUGUGUGUGGAUUGAGUAUCCUAUGGUUAAAAUUUUAUACAAUGUAAAUGUACUUUGUUUUUCUGCUCAUGUAAAAUGUAUUUCUUCAAACAUUGAGAUUGAGAAACAACAUUCAUGUUUUUCUCAAGUUUGUCAUGACCCCACAUUUCUACCUCACACCGAUGAAAAUAUAACACAAAUGUAUUAAAGACUAAGCUCCUGUAUCAGCAUUCCAGUCUCUGAGGCUGGCUUCUCUGAAGCCACACGCUAUAAAAGAAAUAAACAAUUAUGAAAUAUGA